AUGCCAUCCCCCGCGAAAGGAAAGAAAGCUGGCGCAAAGUCGAACGCUGCCGCAGAGAAAGCUGAAGAGUUGUCUGCUCAACAACCUGCACAGCAGCGCGUGUUGCAGACACGUAGUCAUAAAGCAGGAUUGUUGUUUCCCGUUGGUCGUAUUCAUCGUUACCUCAAGCAACGAACACAGCACAACGUCCGCAUAGGGGCUAAGGCGGCCGUCUACACAUCUGCCAUUCUGGAGUAUCUCACGGCGGAGGUUUUGGAGCUGGCAGGUAACGCGUCGAAAGAUCUGCGCGUGAAGCGUAUUACGCCACGCCACUUGCAGCUCGCAAUACGUGGAGAUGAGGAGCUCGACAUCCUUGUUCGCGCCACCAUCGCAGGAGGAGGUGUACUUCCAUUCAUCCACAAGAGCUUGACAGCAACCAAGAACCCAAAGAAAGCCAUUGAGGGUGCUCAAUGA